CCUAAAACCCACGUCACUUGCAUUUCCGCCUUGUCUUGUCUUCCAACACAAUGUGGAGGUCGGUUAUGGCGGCACGAGCCUCUCAUCUCUUGAGAACACACUCAUCAUCAGCUCGCAAGCUUCUCUUCGGAACGCCUCAGAAAAACUCCAACAUUUUUCACCCCAAAGCGCGAGCCUUUACCCCUCGAUUCCUCUCCCAAACUCCGACCAACAACCUUAGUGACAACUCCGAUUCUUCGGACGUGGAGCGGCUUCCAGAACCUUCCUUGUUCGGCGAAAAUGGCGGUGCUUCCCAGAUCGAAACUGCCCAGUUGGAGAAUUUCGUUGCCGAGGAUGAAGAAAACGAUGCCGGGAAGGUGGAGGAAUUGUUGUCUCUUCUUCAGACCAGAACUUCGGAAGAUGGGUCGUCUUCUUCUCUGGAGUCCAGAUUCGACGCCAUGGAUUUGAGUCUUCACGAGGAGUUCAUGGUAAGAGUUCUUCAAACCCCACAGCUCGUGACUGAGAAUUUGAUUACUUUCUUCGCAUGGGCUUUGAAGAAAAAACCAGAGAUUAGACUAAAUCCUGGUGUUUUGGAGUCACUAGUUAGGGCUGUAUGUGAUAGUAGUCCUAAGAGGAAACUGGCCUAUUGGUUGUGGGAUUUGGUGAAGGAGAUUGGUGAGGAUGAAAUUGAUGUGCUGAACACUGAGAUUCUCAAUGGGCUUAUUGCUUCGUUUUCUAAGUUGGGUAAAGGGAAGCCUGCUAUGGAGGUUUUUGAAAAGUUUGGGGACUUUAUGGUUGAGCCAAAUGCGGAUACGUAUUACUUCACGAUUGAGGCACUUUGCAGGCGCCCAAUGUUGGAUUGGGCUUUCUCGGUUUUCGAGAAGAUGAUUGACAUGGAGAAAGUGCCCGAGGAUGGUGGUAAAGUCGGUAGGAUCAUCUCGUGGUUUUGCAAGGCGAAAAGGGCUAAAGAUGCCCAUUUGGUUUAUAUGUUGGCGAAGGAGAAGGAGUGUACGGUUCCUCAGUGCGCGGUUAACUUCUUGAUAAGUUCCCUCUGCCGGGAGGAUGGCACAGUGAGAUUGGCGCUAGAGAUGUUGGGUGAUUUUGAGGGAGAAGCGCGUAAGUAUGCUAUCAAGCCAUUUUCAACUGUGAUUCAAGGCUUGUGUAGGAUAAAAGAUGUGAAUGAGGCAAAGAAAUUGCUUCUUAAGAUGACAACGGAUGGCCCACCUCCGGGAAAUGCUGUCUUUAACUCGGUCAUCCAUGGAUUUUCCAAGGCUGGGGAAAUGGGAGAGGCAAUUGAGACAAUGAAGAUGAUGACGAGUAGGGGCUUGAAGCCGGAUGUCUACACUUACACUGUUAUUAUUAGUGGUUACACCAAUGCAGGCCAGAUGCAGGGGGCUCGUAAGAUUCUAGCGGAAGCCAAAAAGAAGCAUUCCAAACUGAGCCCCGUGACAUACCAUACACUCAUUCGUGGGUAUUGCAAACUCGAAGAGUUUGACAAGGCUUUGGAGUUGUUGGCUGAGAUGGAAGAUCACGGGGUGAAACCUAACGUUGACGAGUACAAUAAGUUGAUCCAAUCUCUUUGCCUCAAGGCUUUAGAUUGGGAGACUGCAGAGAAAUUGCUAGACGAAAUGAAUGAGAAGGGUUUGCAUCUAAAUGGGAUCACAAGGGGGCUAAUAAGAGCAGUCAAGGAAAUGGUGGAAGAAGAAGUCGAGACUACAAAGAUUAAUGUAGAGGCCUAAUACGAAGAUAUGAGGAUUCGGGGUUUAUAUUAAUCCGACGAGAAAAGGAUUAAAUUGAUGGAGCUGAGGGAAGAUGAAGUUGAUGGAUUUGCCACUUUGAGGCAUUUAGAAUUGAAAAUUUGAGUACGAAUAAUGAGUGCUGCGGGCAGCCAAAGGAAGUAUAUAGGCACUUCCCAAGAAACGUGAAAAUGAUAAACAAGGAUGUUCUCCAAAAAAGCAAAAAGAGUUGUAUAUUUACAAGACCGGUUCUUUUGUGAUGUUUCUCAAGUUAAACUUGACUGUUUAAUGCCAGUUUGGCGUUGUUGUGCUGUUAAAAAUUUUGUUGCUGUUGUGUUUUUAGUUA